AUGGUGUGCUCAAAGUUGGUGAUCAGCUUAAGUCAUACAGUUGCAGUUUAUGGUCAGUUAUGUUUGGCGAUAGGCGGCAGCACUGAUAGUGAUGACUUGAGAAUAGAAUUACAAAGACAAAGAACAAUAGCAUGUGAUAUUUCAAUGAAAACCAAAGAUAAACUAAUACCAUUGUAUAAAAACCAAACUUCCAAUGUAUCGUCACUGUCCAGUACCAGUGAAUGUGACCUAGAGAGACUGUGUUUUCUAUUUUCUGGUUGUCUAGAACUUCUAAAAUUAGAACUAACCAAAUCUUUAUCUUUACAUCGACUUUUUCCAUCAGGCUCAACUUGUUUUAUAAAUACCGGUAUCUCAGACUCUAUGAUUGGAACAACGUCCCGAAAAUCAGUCACAUCUGUCAUUAGUUUAACUGACCGAUUCAGAAAUGAUGACUACCAUAUAACUUCUAUAGAAAAGGAUUUAAGUUGUAUUAAAACAUUAGAAAAUGAUGUGGAUAGAAUAAUAAGUGUACAGCCAUGGAAUAUAGAACCCGAUACUCACUACAUCGAUGCUAAUAAACGAGGUACGAGGUCUGGUGUCCGGUGUAGUGUAUGGGUGAGGAUUAUGGAUGCAGUAAAACGUAUGAAGCGAAUUUUGUUCUCACCAAUAACUCGUGUAUUCGCUUAUUCUAGUUUCUACUGA